AUGGGUCUUGUCUCUGUGUUUGGGAACGACGUUGAUACAUACUAUGAUAGACUAUUAGCUGGAGAGAGUGGAAUCAGUUUAAUUGAUCGAUUCGAUACCUCCAACCUCCCCACACGUAUUGGUGGCCAGAUUCGAGGAUUCCAAACACAUGACCUCAUUGAUGGCAAAGUUGACCUUGGACUUGAUGACUGUCAACGAUAUUGCAUUGUUGCAGGGAAAAAAGCUCUUGAAGAUGCAGCUCUUGGAGUCAAUGAACGCUCAAAGAUUGAUAAGGAGCGUGCUGGCGUGCUUAUUGGAUCAGGAAUGGGAGGUGUUAGGGUAUUUUCUGACGCUGUAGAGUCUCUAAUAGAGGGAGGUUAUGAAAAAAUAUCACCUUCAUUUACACCUUAUUACAUAACAAACAUGGGUUCAGCGUUACUUGCAAUUGAUCUUGGAUGUAUGGGACCAAGCUACUCCAUUUCAGCUGCAUGUGCGACAUCUAAUUUUUGCAUCUAUGCGGCUGCUAAUCAUAUCCGUGAAGGUGACGCUGAUUUGAUGAUAGCUGGUGGCGUCGAAGCUUCAUGUAUUCCUGUUGGAUUUGGAGGUUUUGCUGCAUGUAAUGCACUGUCAAAGAGAAAUAAUGAUCCCCAGACUGCUUCUAGACCAUGGGAUAAGGAUAGAGAUGGGAAUCGUCAUGGGUGA